AUGGACAGACUUGCCAACUAUACACCUUCAUUUACGGGAUCCCUAGUCGCCCCUAGAACCCCACAAGCUGGCCAUCAAAGUGCAUUGUCAUCGCCUAUUGGAACCCCAACUCCCAUUGGGACUCCAAUUGGCCUUUCAUCCUCUUCUACUUCUUCGGCGUCGUUGAUCGAUCCCCCAAGUUUGCGGGCCAAUGCCUUUAGUCAAAUUUCUGUGCAAUCCCACCAAAAUGGAUCUGCGGCUGGCCUCCCUACCACAGGUUCUGCUACAGCAGCCGUUCCCACAACCCCAUCUUCUGGCGCAGGAACCGUUCCAGGUUCUGGGGGGCCCUUUGGAUACUCGUCAACAACCUCGCUGACAUCUGCACGCUCUCCUACAGCUCCAAUUGGAUCCACCACUUCGUUGACAUCUCUGCCUUCACUCAAUUCCGUGUUUUCCUACUCAGCACCAAAUACUGCAGGGCAGACAUCUUUUUCUUUUAAGCCAACGUUUUCUCAAGGUAGCACUAGUGUUGUUUCUCCCUCCGCAUCAGUGUCUGCUAGCUCGUCAUCAUCGACCUCUCCAUCUAUUUUGACACCUUCUGGGUCUCGCUCAGGAUCUCUUUCUGGACCAUCAUCAUCUUCUGCUUACUUUAACAAUUCUACAAAUUCGUUGGCAUUGCAAUCUGGGUUUCAGUACCAGGCUGGGUUUCAACAACAAAAUACUGGGCAAACCCUACUGCAGUCGCCUAUUUCAUUGCCUACCCUGCAGAGUCAAGCAUCACCCUCGCAUAUCAAUUCCGUCUUUGGAACAAGCCGCAACGUCAAUCUUACAAACACUCCGACAUCAAUGAUCUACAGUGACCAGCCUGCUGCUGCAGCAGCUUCUCCGACCUCCUACCGCUCUUUUUCGUACCCCGCAACCACUGUCAGUGCCGCUACCGCUACACAGUCCUCAUACCAAUUUGAUAACACCGGCACGGGGAACCUCAAGUAUUACUCGGGAGGAACUCAAGCUCCAACGUGGAAUUCUUAUGCAAAUACCCAACAGAAUAAUCUCUUACCCAAGUUUCAACAACAAACGCAACAACAAAAACAGUAUUACAUGCAGGAUUCCCCGCCUCAUGCAUACCUUCAUCGUCCAACCACUUCGGCGCCCGGUCGUGCAUCCUCCGGCGGGUCAAUGUCGACAUCGAGCUCCAUCUCCUCUUCAUCGUUUGCUGGGGCUCCAGCCACCUCUUCGUCUACUAUGACGAUUCCUGAAGAGGAUUAUAACGAAGAACCUUCUGUGGCCUCUGCUGCAGCUGCAGCGGGUGCACAACUCAUUCGCAAAACUCGCGAAAUUGAAUUAUUACAGGCCGAGGUGAAACGACUUGGUGAGCUUUUAAGUCAAAAACGCAUUACCGAACAGUCUUCCGUUAAAUACAAUACUGUUGCCGAUAUCACGCCUUCGUUUGUCCCGGCAUCAUUGUUCAUCACGGGUGGACCUACCGUUCUGGAUAAUGGCCUGCCCUCUCCGGCCAAUUCUGAAGACACAGAGGAAAAUGAAAAUAAUAACGAGAAUGGUAAUACUGGGGCAUAUGUUGCCGAGUUAGAAGUACGCCGGUUGGCAGCAGAGGUUGAUUCUUUAACUACGGAAAAGGCGAGGCUACAAUUGUGCGUGGAUACUGCCAUGGUCGCGCUUGGAACUGCAGGUAUUCCCCCACCAGCCCUUCUUAAUGAUGGAACCAAAACUUUAGACCCGACAGAAUUUGCACAUCGUAUAGUGGUUCGCAUUGGAACUUUAGAGCGCGAAAAUGAAAUGCUUGCUAAACUUAUAUGUCAAGGACGAUAUGCCCUCAAGGAGGUGGAGUUGCAAAUGCGCAAAAAGGAAAACGAUUUGCUUCGCAAGGAAAACGAAGCUCUUCGUGUAUUAGUUGAGCAAUUGGGCACUGAGACGGAGAUUGGAUCAGCAGAAAAACAGCAGCAAACAGAACGCAACUGGUCAACUAAGAGUAUCGGUAUUAACAAAACACAAUCUGCCGGUGGUGAAAAAACUGAGGGAGGAAGCAAGUCAGGGUCCCCAAAUAAGAACUUGCGCGGAGGGCGUGGAUCAUCUGCUAGUAGUGGAAGCUCUGGAAGCUCUUCUGCAAAAGGUUCUGGCUCUGGUUCUGGCUCCAGUGGUGGAUCUGGGUCUGGAUCGCAACGGCGCAAAAAGUGA